AAGAGGGGGAGUAAAAAGUAAAAGUCACAAACUUAUCAGCCAUGAGAAUAUAAAAAAGGCGGGCUUAAUGUUAGCAGACAUAUAUGACAGCACCUUUUUAUUAAAAAUCUUCACCUUUCCAAAGGCUUUGAAAUAAGUAACAUUUUCUAGAUACGGUAUAUCUUUAUACAAUUGUUUCCUUUACAUAUUUCCAAAAGCGUUAUGUAUCUAAUGUUAUAAAGUUUUUUUUAGCUAAUCAUAAGGAUGGCAUUGUUAGAAAACUCAGAGGUGCUGAAUUCUAUGCUGUCCAAAUGGAGAGAAGAGAACAGGAGAGGAGUGAAACCAACAAGUUUAAUCCAGGACAUUUCAUAUCUACUUGAGAAAGAGGCUAAUGCUUAUGUCUUACAAGAUCCAGAUCCAUUUGAUGAUCGACAUCCUGGUCGGUCUAUUCCAGAUUGUGUGCUUGGCCAUUUGCUGAAAGUGCUUUGUGAAGAUGAAGAAUUCGUAAAUAAAUUGUUGACGUCAUACAUAUUUAAUGCAGAAAAUGAUUUUGAACUGAACUGUGCUGCAGCAAGACUCCUAAUCAAUUUAAUGCCAGCGUUGGAUAGUAAUGAUAUAUUUCAAGAUACGGAAAUGCAAGUGGGAAAACUAUUAACAUGGGCAACAGACGAAAAGGAACCGUUGCGAGCAUAUGCAUGUGGAUUACUUUUCCAUGCUAUGCAAAUACCAGAAUGUCCUGGCCUGUUCAAAGACCGCAAUGCUGUCUUGGUUCCACUUGUUGUAAAAAGAUUAAAGAUUUUGUCAGAGGUUUCAGAUUUGGAUGCUCCUUGCAUUGAUGAUAUUAAUAGCAUUACAAAAUCGCUAUCUAUCAAGCAAUCAGGUAAAAAGAAGAAAAGUGAGAAAAAGGAAUCAGAAUUACCCGUUACUCCUAAAGUGACCAGCUCUGGAAAUAAGAAGAGAAGAUACAGUCAGCUUUCAAAGAAUAAAACAUAUGAAUACCGUACACUUGAUCUGUUACUAUCUCCACUGACAGUUGGAAUGCAACAAAUUCUAUUUAUGAGAUAUUUACAUCCAAUGGGUGAAUAUCAAGAGCUUCUUCCAGUUGCAUUUGAACAAAAUGUAAUAGAUUUGAUAUUUCAUUACAUCAAUCCAGCUUCACACUCCAAUCCAGGUUUAGCCUGUGGUGCAUUAUUAUAUCUUUCAUCAUUACUUUGUCAUAAAAAAUUCAUUGUUGAUUUUAUUCAUCGUGGCGGAAUACAAAAGAUUUUAGAGAUUCCUCAGCCAUCACCAGUUGCAACUAUGUCAUCCCUUUGUUUGUAUUAUGUGGCUUACAGUGAAGAUGCUGUUGAACGUAUAUGUCUUCUUCCACAACCAACUUUAAAGCACCUCACAGAGUACUUGUUAUGGCUUCUGGAAUGUGCUCACAUCUCUGGACGAUGCCACUCCUCUUUAUUUUUUUCAAUGACUUUUUCCUUUCGAUCAAUUCUGAACUUGUUUGAUUCCAUGGAUGGGCUUCGUGUUGUUGUAAAUAUGAUUAGCACAUUAAAAAUUCUUCGUGUUGAAGAAUCAGACUUAUCAACAGACGAUGAUGUAUUCUUUGACAGGGAAAUGGCAAAGAAUGCAAGUUUAACUUUAAAGAAAUACUUUGAAGCUCAUAUCACGAUAAUUGCUCAGGAAUAUAGGAGGGUUUUAGCCCGCGAGACAGGAUCCACCCCUCCUGCUCCAUUGCCAGCUUAUCGUUCUGUUUUAUCAGCUGUCAAUGAAGAUUUGUAUGAGAAUAUUGAGCUGAUACAAGGCUUCACAUCCAGAGAUAUGAGUAGCAUGGAAAAGCAACUUAUUAAGAGAACUGUCAAUUUAAACAUCGCACCAUUAUUACUAAAACUCGUUGCUAUAGCAUCCAACUGGAAAAGUUACAAUAACAGAAUUGAUGUCAUGGUGAGUGCUCUUGAUGCGCUUACCGCUGUGUCAGCAUCAAAGAAAAUCUGCUUGUCAUUAUGUCAAGAUAUCGAAGUUUCAGUUGUGGAGAAACAGUCAGGAAUAAAGGUGUUGUUACGAGCAGUUGAAGGGGAUUUAGUUCACGAUGUUCAAAUUCAAAAAGCUGCUCUCAGGAUUUUAUGCAACUGCGUGACAACACAUUCCAAAGAUCUUUCGGUGGGUAUCAAAUCAGACUUACAAAAUUCAUCUUCACAGAAAUAUCGUACCAAGGGAUUACAAGCUAUGGCCAGAAUAUGGUCGUUUGUUCGCUUGAACAAUGGCAUUAAGAUUUUGUUGUCUUUGUUAGAUGUAAAGACACCAAUAACAGAGGCUGAUUCUAUACGUGCGUUAGUUUGUAAGGUACUGGUUGGUCUAUCCGAAGACGACCGUAUCCGUCAAGUGCUUGGGAAACUACCCAUAUUUCACAAUGAACAGUUACAAUUUCUAAUGAGGGAACCAAUUCUAUCUGAUAAAAAGAAUGAGCACGAAAAGUUUUGUAAAUAUGCAACAUCUUUGAUUGAACGAGUGACAGGGAAGUCAUUGCACAGCGAUCGAUUCGAAUCCAUUCCCAUGUUGUCCAGAAUAACAAAGUCGGACAUUAUCGCACAAACGAAAAUAUCUUACCCUCAAAAAGAGCUCCUCAUGAUUAUACACAAGCAUCUACUAUCACAAGGUUUAGAAAAAGCUGCAGACGCGUUAAAAGCAGAAGCCAACUUGCCGCGUGAAGAAAAACCAUGCGUUGACUCUCCCACAACACCCUUCUCCACACGUUCUUUUCCCACCGGUAAUGGUUUUGGAACACCGAUCAAUAAGCAUAAAAAGUUAAGUGUUGCGCUGAGAGAACCAGCUACUCCUUAUCAAAGUCGGAAGUCUUCUCUCUCUUUGGUGUCACCGUUUUCUUCGCCGCAGUUUGAAAGAAAGCUACCGUUAACUCCUCGACCAAGAAAAUCUCUCUCCUCUGUAUUCACGUUGUCAAGUGUCAAACAAACUGUUGCAACUGCUCCUCAAGCAGCUGUGCCACCAUCUUUAGACAGUAUCGUGACAGGUUACCUGCGAGAACAGCAUGCUCACUGCUCGAACCCUGUAGCUACAUGUCCACCGUUUUCUCUGUUAAGACCUCAUCAUUGUCCAGAGCCUCGCUACAGCAGUUACGCCUCUCCCAACAUCACGAAACGACUCGUGACGCGACAAUCAUUUCCACGACAUGGCGGCACACAAGGACGUAAACAAAACCGUCGUUACUUGUAUAACAAAUUUCGUUCGACGGGUUGUAUCAAACCGUCAGAAGACGACUCGAUGUUCACGUGCUGUGCGUGGGUACCUGAUGGUGAAAGCAUAUGUGUUGGAACGCAAGCAGGGGACGUCAAAAUAUUUAACUAUUACGGUCAGGAGGAAGUUUUACACUCGUGUCACGGCGCACCAAUUUCUACUUGUUACAUCGGAAGGAACUAUAAGUUGUUGACAACCUCUGCUUCGUAUGGAACACCGCAAGGUGCGGUAUGGGGCAUAAACACAGCUUCUGAUCAAACAAUAUCAUUUGAAUUGAAAUGGGAACUCCCUGAAGAUAACUUUGUUCGGUUCAGUACGAGCGAGGAAAGAGUCGUGGGUACUGAUGACAUUACGGCGCACGUGUAUGACUUGACAUCAGGGGCGCUGGUCCGUACAUUUUACGACGAGGCAAACGCGAAUCACUACUCGAAGAAUUUCGCUUGUUUCGGUCCCCGCGAUGACUUGUUAUUGAAUGAUGGCUGUUUGUGGGAUGUACGAGCAAAGAACAUGAUUCAUAAGUUCGAUAAAUUUAACGACUUCGUUAGCGGUGUUUUUCAUCCAUCGGGUCUGGAAAUUAUCAUCAAUUCAGAGGUUUGGGAUGUUCGGACAUUUCACCUGCUUAACACGUGUCCCGCGCUGGACCAAUGUCAAAUCGUGUUUAGUUCGUCUGGUGAUGUCAUAUAUGGAGUAAAACAUAUGGCUCAAUCAAAAGACAUGAUAAUCGAACACGCAGGAAUGCUGGGGCCGUACGAAUCAUCGUUUCGAACUUUCGAUUCAUUCGAUUAUUCUCCUAUUGGUACCAUAGAUGUAAAGAAAACGAUUUUCAACAUCUGUCCAAAUCCGGAUGAUCAAGUUCUUGCUGUGAUAGAGAAUGGAGGUAAUUUAUCGACGAUCGAUAUGGAUUCAACUUGUAGAUUUUACGAUAUUGGGCGAACUAAGCGAGUUGGUGAAGAAGAAAGUGACGAAGAACCGGAAGAUGAAUCUGAAGAACAAGAUACACAAGAAGGAAGCGAGAUUAGAGAUCUUAUCAAUAACAUAUUUGCGCAUGAUGAUGAUUAUGAUGUGACGUUUGACGGAGAAGAGAGUUCCAACAACAACGAUGAAGAUGGCGACGAAGAUGAUGAUGAAACCGACUUUGACAUGGAUGAUGACGACGAUAUGGAUGACGAUGAUACCGAAAGUGAUGCCUGAAAGAUGUAUGAUGCAAUUUUAAAGAGCGUGUGACCACGAUGUUUGCGAGUAAAGUGCUGUAAAUGAACAAAUGACAAACUUUAUGAAACCGAAAAUGUUCCUGUCAGAUAUUUAUAUUCAAAAAGAACGGUUAAAACUAUAUGAAAAUUUUUUUGCUCGUUUCGCAAAAAAAAGUGAAAAAACAGGUGAUGCAGUAACAUCCCUUUUUAGCGGAGACCGUAGAGACCUAAAGUGUCCGCUAUUACUUCGAGAACGUGCAAUUUGCGCGCUACUGCGUAGUGGAAUCGACGUGUGUCAAAAGGCUGGUUUUAAAAAAAAGUCUAAAGAAAAUAAAUUGUAAAGGUUUUAUUCUGAAGAAUAAAACACACUCCAUGUCAGGUAUUAUUUUUGAAGGCCUAAAAAUGUACCUGCCGAAAUAUAAAAAAUAUGAAAAUUAUCCUUAAAGAAAUAUAUCUUACAAAAAUUGUUUUUAUGUCACUCACUGUUGGCUGUGUUUGUUGCAAUGAGGUUAUCUCUGUGGUAGUAAGGUAAAUUGGAACUUUGAAUGAUGUCAGCAAUGGAGAUGUCCGCUAUAUAUUCUCCGAUUUAUAUAAGUUUUGUUAUUAGAUUUUACCCGUCAUUUUUUACAUGCCUGAGUAGUGCACACCGUAGCUGGAUGUCCGCUAUAAAGGAUGUCCACCAUAACGACGUUUCACUGUAAAUAAACUUUCAAAGACUUAGUGACAUUAAUAAACUUGUUUUCUCACACCUAAAA